AUGGCAGCACAAGACGUCAAGCAUGAGAUUGUGUUGUACGACUUGGCUUGCACCAAGAAUGUCUGCUUCUCGCCUGUCGUAUGGCGCAUCCGCAUGAUGCUCAACUACAAGCAAAUUCCGUAUAAGACCGUCUUCCUCGAGAUGCCAGACAUCGAGCCUACGCUGAAAGAGCUAGGCUUGCCCCCUCACGAUCCUGCUACAGGAAAUACAAAGAACUACACGGUUCCCGCCAUCUACCAUGUACCGACAAACAAAUAUGUCAUGGACUCCCCUGCCGUCGCCAAGUUCAUUGAAUCAACCUAUCCUGAUCCGCAUGUGCAACUCGAUUCAGAACUGGGCGCCAAGAUUAUGCUCAAAUUACGCGCUGAACUCGGCCCAACUGUCCAAAAAUCUAUAAUGCCGCGCGAGGCUCUCAUAUUUUCUCCUCGCGCAGAAGCGUACUUUCGACGCGCUCGUGAGGCUCGGAUUGGGCGUCCGCUGGAAGAGCUGCUUGAGGGCGAAGAUGAGGCAUGGGAGGCGUUGGAAGGCGAUUCGCAGGCUAUUGGCGCUUUGAUGCGCACAAAUAAGGCUGAUGGGCCGUUUAUUCUCGGUGCCCGACCGAGCUUGACUGACUUUUUCGUUGCAGGAUCUAUGCAGACCGCAAAGGUGAUUGACGAAGGCGUGUUCCAGAGGAUUUUGAAGUUGCCUGGGCAUUUGGAGAUUUACGAGGCAUGCCAACCCUUUAUGCAGAAGAAGGAUUGA